AUGGCAAGCCUGCUACGUCGACUCCUCUCGACCACACCGCCAGACGUGUCCAAUGCCACAACCAGAAGGAUGAACCUCAACUCCGCAGACCUGCCCAAAGUUUUCCUUCCGCCCGUGAACCGGUCCAUGCAAACGCUGGACAAGUCCUUUUUUCGCAAAACCGUGCCGCUGGCGGCUGCCACCAUCUCAGACGUCAGACAGAUCGGGGCGAUCAGGAAGGAGCUCGAAAAAUCUCAAGACUUGCUCCGCAUCAGUCCGAUCAAGCCUUUGCGGGACGAUGACUCGGUGCCAGGGGCAAAGUGCCUCUUGCUCAGGCCGGAGAUUGACGCGAAAAAGCCGAAAACAUGGUCACAGACUAUCUCGAAACUGGUGGAGGACAAACUUGCCAGCUUACGGCCCUACGAUCUGACACUCACAUACGACGUCUGGACUAUGCAUAAUAUUCUCGAGGCAAUUCUGCCUGAGAUUCCCGACGAGGAAAAGGAAACUCCUGCAGGGUUUGCCCAGGUCGGCCAUGUUGCUCACAUAAACCUGCGUGAAGCAUAUCUUCCCUACAAGUAUAUCAUUGGGCAAAUUUUAGUCGACAAAAAUCCCAAUAUUACGACCGUGAUCAAUAAGACGUUCGACGUGGGCACCGAAUCCGUCUUUCGAACAUUUCCCUAUGAAGUCAUCGCCGGCCCAGACGACCUCGAUGUUACGGUCCACGAAUCUGGCUGCGAGUUCAAAUUCAACUUUGGCAAAGUGUACUGGAACUCUCGGUUAGGUACUGAACAUGCCCGGCUUUUUGAGCAGUUCGAAGAAGGCGAGGCUGUCUGUGACGUGAUGGCGGGUGUAGGGCCUUUCGCCGUGCCGGCCGGUAAACGCAAGGUCUUUGUCAGAGCCAACGACCUCAACCCGGACUCGUACCGAAGUCUUCAGGACGCCAUCAAGUCGAACAAGGUCAGCGACUUUGUCUCGGCUUCCUGUGAAGACGGUAGGGACUUCAUUUGGAGUGCAACUAGAGACUUGCGAUACGCGCCACGAGAAGUCCGAUUGCCUUCGAAGUUGAAGAUAUCGCGGAAACUGACCAAAGAAGAAAUGCAAGUGCUGCGUAAAGAGGCCGAUGCAGCAGCACAAGUUUUGAAAGAACCAAAUGUGUUCUCUCGCUAUGUCAUGAACCUACCGGCCAGUGCUAUCGAAUUCCUCGAUGCCUUCCAAGGCCUCUAUCACGGUCGUGAAGCCGAAUUCAAACCCCACACGUCAAAAGCUUUACCGUUGAUUCACCUGUACUUAUUCCAAGCUAAGCUUGUUGCUGAAGACGAAGAGACCCAAGAGAUCUGUGAAAGAAUCUCGAAGCAUAUCGGCGCAGAGGUCAAGCUCGACGAUCCGGAGCUGGAUGUGCAGGUUCGAUUUGUCCGACUUGUCGCGCCGAAGAAGAAGAUGUUCUGCGCGAGCUUUCGGAUACCGGAGAGCGUUGCAUUUGGGCAGCCUUGA